UCGAACUUAAAAUAUGGAUGAGGAAACUUGGUUUUCCUUCUGCGAUGAAAGCGUGCCACAUGCUGGUGCUAUGGAGCAAUUGGAAUAUCAUGCCUCAUUGAAUGCAGUACUGGGAAUUACAAAAGAAAAUACGAUAAAAAUUUUCGAUGAAAAUUCUGGUGUUACUCUACAACAAGUAAUUCAUGGUACAAAACCGAAAAAGAGAUUGAAAUGUUGCUACCAUAAAUCAAAACGAAGCGUUGCAAUAACUGACAGUCAAUCGGUUGGAUACCGGUUUGAUAAUAACGGAAUUCUUCUCAUCAACACCGCUCUUCAAACUCCUGUUUCUGCAAAUACAGAUGCAGUGAUUCUUGAACUACCAAUUUCUGAUGCUCGGCUGCUGACCAAUUUCAUUCAAGAUAGUGAUUUUACAUCCUCGGCACAAGAUGGUGGCAAUCAGAAACCCAAGAUUGAAGGAUCAGAUGUUGACGCAGUGGAGGAAUUGCUCAGUAUUUUGGUUAAAGAAAUCAGUAAUACAGAUGAGAGAGAUAAGAUGACUCUUUCUGGCAAAUGGACAACAGUGAAGAUAUCUCUUCCCUACUCUACUCUCAAAUCAGCUUGCCAAACACUGUUUAUUCCACACCAGAGACGGGUGCAAUCGAUAGAGAAACGAUCCAUGGUCCCAGGAUAUCAUGAAUCAUCUCAUUCUUCUUACGGAUUACCGAUCGUAUCUUCUAUGCUGCAUCAACUGGUUCUGCUCAACCCAUCAGAUAACCCAGGAUGCCAUGGACCUGUCAUUAGGAUGCCAUCUCGUGAGCUGAUGUAUGCAGAAUUAACAAGAAGAGCUACGUUCACAGAAUGGCCACAUUCAAAAUACAAAUAUGCUCUUCCACAUGCGAUGGCAGAGGCAGGCUUCUAUCACCAACCAGCAGCGGCAGGAGACGACAGAGCGAUGUGCUUUGCUUGCAAUGUUUGUCUUGUCUGUUGGGAACCAUCUGAUGAACCAUGGUCUGAACAUGAACGCCAUUCACCAUCCUGUCCGUUUGUGUGUUGUGAACCAACAGUUAACGUCCCGAUCUCUGUAAGUUAUGCUACACAACCUGCAUUGCCAAACCCUUUCACAAACCUGGAGGGGUCAGAGGUCAACAUAGCAGGGUCAGAGAGCCGGUCAAAGGUUAUUCCCACACUGGAUUUUAUCACUGCUGGUGAGAACUCAAAUAUCAUUGCAGCUGCUUCACGAGAUGGAUAUCUGGCAACAUGGGAUGUCAGUGAUAUGAUGCCCCAGCUUCAAAGCAUCUCAUCAAUUUGCAAAUCAAGCGUCUUUUUCUCUCUACGACGACGACUCAAGCACGAGAACUUUCCAAAUGCUGAAAGCUUUGUUUCAGCAAACUAUUCCAUGUCCAACCUCAAGGUUACAAGUCUUCAUAUACUCGACAAGUUAGCCCCAGAACCAGAAUUUGAAGCGUGUGACCCCGAACAAUAUCUAAUCACCACGGCAACGGAGGAAAAUGAGGAGUUUAAAAAAAGUUACGAAAAAUCAGAAAUGAAAGUGACGUCAAGCGCAAUUUCACCCAUAAUUGUGAAAACCCCCUCUAUCGUAGUGGGGGUAACGAUUGAGUUGACCCCGCGACCCUUUAGGGGGAGUAGCGUUCAUAACUUGAGUAAAACUAAAAUUGGGAGUAGGACAAAGAACCCUAGUAAAGCUCCCAAAAUAUCUACUGAGGAGAGGAAAUCCCCUAACAUCGAUACAAACAUCACACCUAGCGUAGAACACCCAACCCCAAUGACAAAUAAUCCCAGCAAUGCCACAGAUGAAUCAUCUAAUGCCACAAACACUUCUUCCGAAGUCAUAAAUAAUAAUAAUGUCAUGAAUGUGCCCCCAGGUGCCACAGAAAAUUUCUCAAAUGCCAUGGAUGUCCUAGAACUGACUUCAACUGGUCCUAUCGAAAAUCUUGGUAAUCCAGUAAUACUGGAAUUGCCAACCCAGAGCAUAGAUGCUGAUAAAAAAUCUGAGGUCCCCCCACUUGCAGAGAAAUCUGACGAUUGUUCAGAGGAGCAGAGUUAUAUAUCUUCUUGUGGAAGGGGAAGUCCCAGAAAAGAACCCCCUCCUGCUUUGGAAUCUCAUAAAUUCUCUCUCCUGCUUUUUCUGAGGACUGAAGACAAUAAAGAUCUAAAAAGCACCUUGGGGUCCAAAUCUCAGAAGCAGCAACUAUCAAUGUCCAAGACCACGCUUUUCCAACCCCAGCCAAUGGAAGGAGUGGAAAUAUAUCCGCCUCCUGAUGCUCCGAUGACCAAUGGUGUGGGGUCUGUCUCUAUCCCACAGAGUUUUCAAAUGGCGAACAAACAAAUGAUGCCCCUGAUGGAACUUGCAAUGCAACAACAACAGGCGUCUGAUAUCUCGGUUCCUCCAGUCCAGAUGAAUUUACAGAACAUGCCUCCAUACCUUCCUCAGACGGCCGAAGAAUUUGAAGAAUAUGCCCAAGACGUUCUCACUGAGAUUUUCCCCGAUGAAAUGGCUGAAAUGGAGAACGAACUCAAUAAUCCACACGGUGGAUUGAUGGUUGAUGAGAAUGCCAAUAUUACACUCCCCGAUGAAGAAGAAGAUGCUGCCUCUAGUGGCAUAAAAAAAAAAUGCCUGCCAGCGACUAUACUACAGCUAGUCCUGAUUGACCAUUGUGCAAAACCUGAGAAAUCUGAUUCAAAAAAGCAAAUUCAAGUUAUCAACAAUAUACUCACUACAGAAGAUGGGUGCAAGAUGGUUGUUGGGACUUGCCCAGAAGAUUGUCUCAAGAGUGACAUUGGCACGCCUCAAGAGAACCAACCAAUCAAAGUUGAUGAUGUUGGUUCAGAAAAUAUGCCUGGCCUUGAUCAACCAAUCGAAAUGCAGGAUGAAGCCACACCCACAAUUCAACAACUAAUCAAAACCGAUGAGGAGGAUUUGGAUAACUCUCAAUCAAUUAAUGCAGAGGAAAUUUUAAAAAUGGACGACGCCCCAACCACACCUCAGAAUCAUACAAUUGGAGUUCAAAUCAUGACCACACCUAAAGCUGAUCAACCAAUCAUUGCCCAAGCUUUUUCCACGCCCAAUGUGGAUCAGCCAAUGAAAAUUCAAGAAGAUGCAAAAAUGGAAACUGUCGGAAUUGAAGAUAUAUCUUGUAAUAGUCGAGGGAAAUUGUUCGUUUUUAAGAUUGAACCUUCAAGCAAUGUGAGUUGUGUUUCACCGAAAGAGAUUUCUUCUGUCGAUAAAGAUAAAUCAUGGAUCUACUCUCUGAUCUACGACCAACUCUUGAUUCUACCGUCUGACUUUAAUCAAUCCUCCUACGAGGAUGAGGAUGUGGAUAGCAUGGAAGGAGAAGAGGAUGAGCAAUCAAUGAAAGAGAAUAAGGAGGAGCAAGAAGUGGGAAAAAGUGAUGAGAGUUUGAGUCCUACUCCACCUGGAUCAUUGUUUAUCCUGGGAUUGACAAGAGAUGGUGAAAUUAAUGUUAUGAAUCUGGCAACCCUGGAAGUUGUUUUCAAAACUAAUCCAACAGAGAUAUUCGCAAUGACUCCAAUCAACUCUCCUGAAACAGUGCAAGAAGUUAUAUCGACUACUGAUGUGGAACCAGAAAAGCAGAGCUCGAAAACUUCAACAAUUUUAUCUGAUCCAGAGAAAUUCACUGCUAUUACUUAUUGCUCUGGUACCGAAAGACUUUGUGCUUCUACUGACACUGGGAAGCUUGUGUUUUUGAAGAUUGGGAAGCAUUCUCCCAGCAUCACUAAGCCAGCAAUUGAAGGUUCAUCUCAGCCUUCAACUGCACCUGGAACUUCAACUGCCCAGGCCUCUGACCAAGUAGACGGGCCGUCCACUACUGAGACCAAAAAAACUAAACUCACUCCAGCCAUGUUGAUUGUCAAUCACCCUCUGACUACAGAGAACCUGAAGAAUCUCGUUCAUCUUACAAAGUUUGAACCAAUGCGCCCCAGAUUCACAGCGAAUGCCCCAGUUUGUUGGACAGAGGUUCCAUUCAGCCCCAACCUGGGUUCUGGGGCUGUCAGUCAGACUGGACCAUACUACACAGUCCCACAACCUGAGAAGGCGGGGUACAGAAGGCAAGGCGUGGCCCAAAUGUCAACUGCUCAACAACAGCCUUAUAGAAGACAUUUACGACAUGCUAAUGAGCAUUACCCUCCUGAUGCUGUAUCAUAUACAAGGGCUUGGAGACUUCAACCUGAUUGCCUCAGUUGGAGUGAACAUCUAUUCGAACUAGUGUUCCCAAGGCCAACCAACAUCAGCCAUAUUGAUCUUAAGUUUGUUCUCUCAAGAAAAUUAAAGCCAGGAUCUGACAUACAGAUAACACUUCUGAAGCACCCUGGACUUACCACCAGUAAGAAUGAGAUUCUACGAAACGAACAGCGGAGAAAAUGGCGCCAUCAUUCAAAAGUCUCGGCCCCGGGGUCCAAGAAAGAUGGAAAGUCGAGAUUUGCUGCUAUUGCUGAUGAAAGAUUUCCUAAAGUUAUGCAUCUGCUCACAAUGAAUUUUGUUGACAAUUUAAUGGAAUCAGACAUUGAAAACCCAAUUUUACUUGUGGUUUUUGAGCGAAAAACAUCGGAAUCUAUGGCAAAAGAAUGGGUCAUGAUGGAUGGGAGCAGAAAGACAAUCAUUGCCAUGUGCAAAAAAUGUUUCACAGGCAUAAAGGUGGGGGAUUUGGUCGUUGUCAAUGGUUACAUGAGAGUUUGUGUUGGGACGAGCAGUGUGAGAAUUAUUGUCGGUGCCUUAAAAAUAUGCACAGAAGAGGAGAUUUCUUCAUUGUCGGCUGAUGAACUCAAGUCUUUAGAAGAAGAUGUUUACUGGUCCAGAACAACCAGUGGUGAGGAACCAAUCAGCAACGACACUGACAAUGAUCCACCAAGUGAUGGCGCCACAGGGCAGUCCGAAGAAAAGGGCAUUGAAGAGCCUUCUGCAGAAGACCCUGAUCAAGAUGAUGAUGUCAUAGAAGAUAACAGUCAUGCUUCAAUGAAUGAGUCCCCGCCUUCUUUGAUUGACAUGUCAGGAACUGAAGAACAUGAUGAGAGCAUGAACCAAGAUGGUUCUUCCGUCCUCUUUGGACCAGUCAACCUAUCAGACUACACAGAUGCGAGCGGCAUUGGUGGCGUGGUUACGAUUGCAAGUCGUUUCAUUAUUAAAGAACCGAGGCAUAGAGCUGUUUUAGUGCAAAUCCAGGAUGCAAGCAGUGCAAAGCUAGUGAAAAUAGGUUCUCUCUCUGAUGAAUGGAGAAAAAGAGGUUGCAAUCGUUUGCAGGAGAUUUCUAUCACUGUAAAUAAGUCUCAGAGAACGAAUAUUGCUCAUGAAAGGACUCAAAGAUUCAGUCUUAUGUGUUCCCGAUCACUUCAUAAAAAACUUUUGAACGGCCUCUGCGAACAGGAAACUAACAGCGCCCCAAGUGGCGAAAUAUUCGUUGCGGAAUCUUUGCCACAAAAAGUCGUCGCACUCGACAUUUUGAAUUGGGUUGGAGCAUUGGAAACGGCAAAUCCAAAUGAACGAAAGAAAAACAGUAGUGGCUCAGACAACUCUUCAAGAGUUGUCGCGAAUACAAGAUCUCUAGCGCCCUCAGAAACUUUGGCAUGGCUUUUAUGCUUUUUUGACGGCAAAAUCAAGAAAUCUUCGAGACAUAGUAAAACUUUGGAUGCUACCCUUGGGGAGGACAACCCGAAAAAAGUUGAUGAAAAAAAUGAAAAAUCAACGAAAAUUGUCGACGGUGUCUACACGCUGAAAAAAUUCCUGAUAUCGUGUUUCUUAUAUUCCGGAAGAGAUGUUUCUGUACGGGCUCUGCGUCUUAUCUUCAAUACAGUAUUAUGCGUUGAUGUUAGCGGUCCAAAUUCUCUCUCAAAGUCUGAAAUUAUUUCCGGAGUUGAAAUUCUAAGUAAAGCUGUCUUAGAAUGCUUAGAAAUGGCAUUGGAACGAAAAGUUGAAUCUGCUCAUGGACUAUAUUGCUUGUUUCAAAUUUUGAGCGUUGUCAUAGCAACUGAGGUUCAAAAGGGCAAAGGUCAGAGUUCAUUGCUUAUAGAAUUGUUGGAAAAAUGUGUUUCCGUGCUUGCGAAGUCUUCAACUUUAAUGAGAGAGAGCAUCCACCCUUUGCAUGUUUUGCUGCGAGCGUCGCAUGGGUUAUAUGGAACGCCCUUUGACCCUGAACGUUUUACUGUUGAAUUCGUAGGCGGUUCACACAGGAAUCUUACACCACCUAGUGGUUCCACUCCAAUGGCUGUGACAGAACACGCAACGAAACAACAAUCAUGGGAGAAAUAUUUUAGCAGCGAGGAGUUGAACAUGCAAGACCUAGUUACGCCACGAAGUCUCGGCAUUCGACGUGGACUCGCAAUCGGAGACCUGAUUGACGGACUAUCUUUAUCUCGAUUUGGACUCUUGGAUUGCCAGCCGCUGCAUUUUACGUGUGUCGAGUCAAGCGAAGGGUGUUCUGUCGGAUUUGACACUGAAAACGACCUGGAAAGUUCUGUUCCGAAUAUUACAGUUGCAAAUGAUAUUGUUGCGUCCAGCGCAAGCCCUGCCUUGGGCCCCAACCAACAUCCCAAUUUAUAUACAGAUGCCAUAAAUGACAUCCUGCAUUGGUAUUCCUCACCGGAACAAAGAACUGAAAAGCUGAAACUGUUGGCAGAAAAAGGUUAUUGCGAACUUCCCAAAACUUAUGUGAAAAAAAUGCAACAAGAUUCUGCACCGAAAAGAAGUUUACCCAUAUUCAUGGAAGCGUCAGAAAAUUUACCAAUCAAUGCUGAGUUGAAGAGUACAUCAGCGGAACAAAAAGUGUCGAUGAAUAUCGUCAUCCCCAAUAUGAGUUUCAGUUUACCGCCAACUAGUGUAUUGACGGUGUCUCGAAUGCACUCAGGUGCUCGCCGAAGCGUCGUGUUGGAUUUUGGUCAAAUUGUAGAACUAACAGACGUUCAUAUACCAUCAUGUCCGGAUAUAUCCUCUCUGGUUCUUGAGGGUACGAAAGACGCGACGCUGAACAAAGCUGUUUUCACUCACGUUGGGGUUACGUUAGAUAUUUGUGACCACGAUUUCGUCUUGAGCAAUCUAGCACCUCCAGUGUUGUGUCGUUACGUGAGAAUAACCGUGAUUGGAAGAUAUGGAACCACAAACGCACAGACUUGUGUGAGUCUAGGUCGUUUCUAUGGCCGCCCCGCUUGCGUCGGAUACCGGAAAAAUCAUUUGAACUUUGACCCUCAGACUGCUGUUCCCUCACCCCCCAAAAAGAGCAUGAAAGAUUCUGCGGAAGAGACUUCCACUCAACAAGACGAGCAUCCUAUUCUACUUGAUUUAUUGGAUGUCAGUGAUUCGAUCGCAGGAAAGUCCGCAGUUCAAAGGUCAAUAGGUUAUUUGAGGUCAUAUCAAGAUGACAUUGAGUGCAGAUAUAGUCUCGCAUGUAACCAGUUGCGAACAUUCUUAUCUGCUACACAUUCUGGAAAAAGUGCUGACUCAUCAAAAUUUUCAGAUCUUUUCAUGGAAAACUUCCCUUUUAAUACCCAAUCAAAAUUCGGCAAAGGAGGACAAAUGAAAAAACUCACAACAGCGUACAAAAAGUGCAGUCGUCUACAAGUCCAAAUGAACAGAGUCUCUCAUGCAAUACGCUACAUGGAAUCUUUACUAGGGGGCGCUGAAGAGCCAAAUAUGGGCCUGAACGUACCCCACUUUGAUCUACCAACCGCAAGGCCACCCAGUUUUACUCAAUUACAAACUUUUUGUGAGUUGAUGCUGAACACGAUGCUUUCUGUAUCCCACGGUGUCUAUUUCAAACCAAAUUUGGAACAAGAAUUAGAAAACGGACAUUCUGCUCUCAUAAGCCCUUCAUUAUGUGCAACAUUUUUUCAAAAUUUAAUCUGUACUGGAAAUCCUAGACUCAAGGUGCAAGCCAAUUGCCUUCUUCUGUCAUACUCAUCACCAUUUCCGUGGUGGGGCGAUUUUAUCGCUGAAACUUUGGUAAAAACUUUGGCGACACGAACAUCAGAUGCAAAACAUUCUUCGAAAGAUCAUAUGUUCUCUAUUUUGCUUGUACUCGGCCAGCGCUCGCUUGCAACGUCUCAGAAAGCUGAAAAUUUGAUUAAAAGUUUAUUGAAACUGCUGGAAAAUCUUUUCAUUAAGGCUGGAAAUGUUUCUUCGCCACAGAAUCUUGAUAUGGGAUUAUUAACUUGGAUUUUGCUGUAUGCGUCGCACAUGAUUGAAACAAUUGCAGUUCAAAAUGAAUGUUUUAUGUCUGACAGCACUUCCGAGUCACAGUCUGGAACAAAUGCCUCAAAAUCUCAAGAAAAAGCCACGACCGAAGCAACAAAUGUCACAACCAUGACACCGCCCAUGGGAACCAAUGAAGCUGGAAUCUCAAAAGCUUUUAUAAGCACUUCAAAAACUACAACUGUACCAGGAUUGGCACCAAAUCCUAUCUUAAAUUUAAUGGGCCCGGAUGCAAUGACUGGUGGCAUCAUAAUGCCAUCCGAGGCACCUUCAACCAGUUCUUUGGCACCACCAAAAGUCAUGCCACCACCAAAAGUCAUGCCACCCAAACCACCAACGAGCACAUCUAAAGAAUCAAAAUCGAAGAAUAGAUGGAAGUUUAUCACAGUAUCAGGCGACGAAGGAAAUAGGAAAUUGUCCGCUAGCUCUGGCUAUUUGAAGGUUCUUACUUCAAUGCAAGCUGUCCUCAAUCGUUUGAAAUAUCAUCGGGCCGAACUUGUCCGGCUUUUCGAAGAUAAGACUGCAUUGAUCAUAAGGUCGAAAACUAUGAAACAGGCUGGCAAACCUGAUGAACACAUACAAGCAGGAAUCGAAAAGUUAACUUCCAAAGCGAAUGAACAUUUACGAGGGAUUGUUGGUUUCAGAAGAGCCCUUGAUAGAAAGACUGUGCUACAUCAAUUGUUUAAAGUGAAACCAAGUGAUGGGCAAAAACAUUUAGGCGCAGAGAACUUACCAUGUCUGACAGAAUUCGUGAAUGUGUCUGUGGAUUCUUGUCGCAUUGUUGUACGUAAUGUGCUUGGUUUGCUGCUGAAAAUGGAUUUUAAUGUUCCUUCUGAUUUUGUAGUUCUAGCUUGCAAGCUUUCAAGUCAAUUGUGUCGUUGGAGCAGCUCUCAAUGUGUCUACAAUGCGCGUGAAAAGUCGCAGUCAGAGGGCGCUAGAGUUAUACCCCUUCCGCUAUUCGUUGCAGGACUUGUAUCACCUGACGAAAUGAGAAAAUUAAUUUUUUUAUCAACUGGGGGUACUCAAUAUGCAAAUUCGAAGGGGAAUUCCCAUGCUGGUUCCACUAUCUCACCAGGACCUUGGCCGAAUCACGCGAUUCUAAGUUUUCUACAAGACGCAAUCGAGUCGGAGAAUUUGGCGAUCGUGGCUUGUGAAAUGCAGCUGUACCCCAUCCAUUGGUUGAAGUUGCAAAAUUUAAGAAAAAGAAUGAUGAAUGAGGCUUUGGAGCAGAUGUCUGCAAGUACUUCUGAGGCAAAUACUUCUCAAACUUCUGCAAAACCGGAAGAAAUGGCAGAAAAUAUCAAAAACACAGAAAAAUCAUCCGAACCCUCUGAUUUAAUUGAAGAAAGCGAAAUGAUUGAAGACAAAAAUGACGAACACGCUAAACGCUUGACUCUCGUUGACACCUACAUAUCAUCAGCUGAAGAGUUUAUUAACGAUAUUAAAAGAAUCAUGGUACAACAUGGGGAGGACCCAGAUAUUGGAAGUGGAGGGGGAGGGGUGAAAAGUUCUGAUUCUGCUCCAUCUCCCAAGCUGAAGAAAACUGAUUCAUCGCCUUCACCAAAAGGCCAGGUUUACAAGCAAAUGCGAUACAUAUCAAUCCUUCGUGCUGAGAUGGAUGGAAUUGACGUAAAAAUGAAAGUGAAAAAAUCUCCUCAGGCCUCCUCAGUGGUUUUUGUCAAUAAUUCCUCAACGAAUCCGAUGUCAUCAUUUUUAAAAGAAAUACGAUUGACCGAUGUUAAAACUGGGAAAAAAGGACAAAUGAACUCAACUGGAGCAAACAGACAGUUACUCUGUUCUCAUAUUUACGAUUCCAGAAAGAUUCAUGGUAUAUCGAGGCAAUGUGAAUUAAACCAGAAGUUAUGUACAAUGGGAUACUUGAAACUGAUAUCAAAAUCUAUCACUAACCCUCCCACUAUGGUACUUGAAGAUGACAAACAUAUAGAAGAGAAUAUGGAUACUAAACCACAACCUGUACCGCCGUAUCCUCUGAAAACGUUUAAGAUGCUCCAGCAAUGCUUUCUGUCUAUAUUAGAUGAUUCAGAGUCUCACUCCGUUCAUUUGCCUUCAUUACUGGAACUGAUCAUGCUGUUACAGAACUGCUACAGAGACGUUAAACUUUCAAGUGAAUCAACUGAUUCAGAGCUCAUGCAUUUGCUGUCACUAAAGGGCACUAGAGCAUUGUUAUUGUCAGUCAACAGUAACUAUGGACACAAUUUCCAUAGCAACCCACAAAUUUGGAGCUUGGUAUUGAACCUCAUUGGACCACUUCUAGAAGGCCAUAACCGAAUAUACAGCAAACCAUUGAUUCUUCGUGAACUCUUGCAACCUGAAAUUGACCUUGUGCCAUUCUUUUUCAAUAUGCUUUCAUCCAAGAUGGCAGCAUCGAAUUCCAGCAGUCGUAGUUUCAAUCAGUCGAUAUCUUUGCUGGGAACAUCGACUUGUGAAAGUUUCACAAAAUUGCUUUCAACUUUCCACAACAUUGUUAUAGCUUGCAAAGAUAUUGAUAAAUCUCAUACAAGACAAAUUCCACAGCUUAUAGUUGAGUAUAAAGACAUGUUAUUGCUGACAUUAUCUGAACUUUGUCGUGUUGAUGCGAUGGGAUUUACGUCAGUAACUCCGUCUGAUGCACAAAUUGUUCUUGUGGAUGCAGUGCUUGAAAUUAUCACAAAUGAAAAAUGGGCCUGGGAAUUAAAAUUAUGGGAAAAAGACGUUGAAAUCCUUUUAAUGGUCAUCAAAAAUGUCACAGAAAAUUCUUACAAGUACCUUCAAUGGUCUGAGAUUGCUGUACAAGGGGAUUCUGAUCAAGGGGUCGACCCACGUUCAUGUAUGUCUGGAGCUUUAUCAAGCAUAUUAAACAACCCAACAUCCAGCAGUUUUCCAUCCAAGAUUGAAUCUCCAAGGGAUUCUUUAAUGUUAAAGUUGCUGAAACUCUGCUCUGAACUGGCUUGGUUUGUGGCGCCUCUUCAUCCUACUGCAAAUGUACAUCGAACUGCUGUCUUCCAAAUGUACGUGGAUCCGAGCUCCCCAGAAAGUGUUGAAAUGAUUGAUGAACAAAAUAAGGAAGAGUCGAUGGACGUAGAUAGCGAACAGCAAAAAAUGGACGUAGACGACGAGAAACCUACUGAACCAGUGAAAGUGGUGAAGAAGCCUCGUCCAUUCCGCACGGUUGCAGAUCAUAUCUUAGAAAACCAUGACAUGAUGGGAACGCUGCUGUCUAGUUUGGUUAUGUGCUCAGGAUCUUCAAUGUACUCAUUAUUCAGUGGUCGAGACAUCACACCCGGUGUUGUCAUAGAGAAAGCAGCUUCAUCUACUGGUGAUGGGGUGUAUGUGUUCUUGAGCGGACUUGUGGAUGCGGCCACUGACUCUUCAACACCUUUGAAAGCUAUAUUGAGAUACAUGAGCAAUGGAGAAUUGGUGGAUGGAAAAUAUGUCUCUGCAGAGGACUCUAUUUCUCCAACUUGUCAGUUAUCAAUGCCACUGUUAUGGUUUCUCCUUUCCGUACUCGAUACUUCAGAAAAUGUGAGCAAGUUCUGUGCACUAGGUGGAGCUAGACUAAUCGCUGAUUCACUUGUAGCCUCUGCUAAAGAGACGAUUGACCAAACACAUGGGCAGACUUCAGAGGUUCUUCGUUAUUUGACAGCGGCAUCAGAUAGAGCAACAGCUUUUGCUCCCCGUGCUCCUGUUGUUCUACAUAAUGAUUCUGUGUGGCCUGGGUUGCCAGGUUCAGCGGGGAAAACUGUUCAAAAAAUCACAACUGGCAGUCAAGGAUUCAAUUAUGCCCCUGUGAUACCAUCUGGCAACCCUGGUGUUAAAGUACUGACAAGUCCUUGGAAAGAAAAUAAAGAGUUUGAUUUUGCAGCUGUUGCAACAAUAAACUGCUCUGAUACUGCCUCCCAGCCUGCUGAUUCACUCCUGAAACCAAAAGCUCUUCACAGGCGUUCCCGAUCUCCGUCAUGGUCUUAUCAUUUUCCUACAAAGAGCCAUUGGGUGUCACUACAGCUUAAUUUUCCGACUGCCUUCAUUUUGAAAAGUGUGAAACUUAUACCUAUGACAAUGUCACUAUCGACUACGCCAUCUGCAGUGAUGUUAGAGACAAAUCGUACAGGCUCAGAAACUACUCCAUACAUACCGAUAUCUGUUCCUCUUGCUACAAACGGACUCAGUCAAAUCAUUAUCAGCCCUCCAUCUGAUCUCGUUGUGGCUUCUCUGAAGAUUCACAUGAAAAGACCAGUGGACUCAUCUUCUAUUGGUCUGACCAGAAUAAUUGUCAACGGCGUUCCAAACUUCAUGAACUAUUCUUCAUCUUCUGGAAAUUCCGGCAACAAACUCAUCAACGACGCUCUCGGGCCUUUGAAUCAAACUUUUGAUCGACGAUCUACCAUGAAUUGGUUGAGACUUCUGCAUCAUUGCUUGACCAUUGAUGUUGCAAUUACACCUAAGCUCAACAAUGUCAUUCUUGAGGUCCCAGGUUUGAUUCCCACCCUGUGUGCCAUUCUACACCAGCCCAUCAUACCAAUGCACCAAACAGCUGUGGAAAUGGUUUUGCUUCAGUCUGGAACUUCAGAAAAAAUCUCGGAAUUGAUUAAUUGUAUCUUGAGAGGAUCUUCUGGCACAAGCCAUUUUCUUGGAGGUUUGUCUAAUGAAGCAACAGAGUCUUCUAUCAACCUGAUUUAUUCUUUGUGUAAAAAUCGAACAGGAGAUAUUGAGUUGAGAUUAUCAGAAAUGUUGAAAUGGGUUUCGGACUGUUUUCUGCUUUCCAACCCAGAGGUCAUGAGUUUGAAUCCCCCCACUGCCAAUUUCCAACACAUACAUGCUAUAGCUUGUGGCUUAUGGUCAUGUGCAGGUACAGCUGACGCCAAGAAUUGUGCAAAUUUGGAACUAACAAGAACUGUAUAUCAGUGGGCCCAGUCUCUACAGUCAAGCCAGUCCUCUUCUCUCUCAACUGGAUUUUCGAAUUCAUCUUCAUUGAAAAACUCAUUGGAUUGGUUGCUCUGUUGUUUAUGUCAUGUCAACAUGGAAAAUUAUGAAGCCGUAUUGAAAGAAAUGGGUUUAAACAAUAUGGAUACAACGCGUAUCCCAUUGUCUUCAGGACAGAUCAAGACAUUGACUAUUGUAUCACAGACUCCAGAAUGUAUAAAGAUACUGGGGAACCAAUUAAUUGUGCAAGCAUUAUCGAACGGACUUCAAAAAUUCUGUCAACGAGUGUUGGAAGUGUAUCAAAUAAACACAGCUUCAAUUGAGAUGACCUUUGACCUGGCCUCUGACCUCAUACUGGAAGUGAAUGUACAUAACGUGAUUGCAGUCGUCAACUUCUUCAGUGACCUCUGCAAUCUCCACAUUAUACAAGACUUUCUCGGAUCAGAUCAAGGCAUGAAAACAUGGCAGACAUUACUGACAACACUGCAUCAAGUUAUGUUGGUUUCAAACAGACAAAAUCUUUUGGGUACUCCUUCAUCAAGAUUGCCUCGCUAUCUCCUUUUGGAAUUGCAAGAAUCAACUAUAUGUUUACUGAAGCAAGUCACAAAAUGCAACGCUCGAAAUCAACAACUUUUCACUAAAACAUUAUGUGAUAUUGUCAGUCUCAACUCUGACAACACUGAAAAUCUUGGUCAAUUGACCGGCUUCGUACGCUCUCUGCUACUUCGUGUGGUACUUGAAGAUGAACAAUACAUCGUUAACUUGAUAUCAGGAACGGGACAGAAACCACAAAGAGGACAAAGUAACAGCCUAACAAGUGGAAGUUCUACUCUGCAUCAUCCAAUGUUUGCAACAGGACACAUGACUAGAACAUUUGAAGUUGGGGUAAGCAGUACAAUGAAGGAUAUAUGGUCCAUGGCUUCAGAUGCUCCAUUGGUGAUUGACAGAAUCCAAAAUAAACUGACAUCAGAUAGAAAGCAAAGUAAUUUGGGAACAACUGACAAUAAAAAGCCUGUUGCAACGUUCACACAACACCCAGGAAUGGCCAUGUCAUCCUAUGCCAGUGUGUUGAAACCUCAAACCCCGGCAACCAAGAUUGCUAAAGAACUGAACAAUGCCAAAGACUUCAUUGAUGUCUUAAUCAGCGGACAAAAUGCUCAAAAGAAAAGAAAACCUAAGACUGGCCAAUCUAAUAAAGAGGAACAGGCUUCAACACCAGAACCUACUAAGUUUGGAAUUCCAUAUGUCAGAUUGAAAUGUCCUUCACUUGACCUUGAAAAAUUGGAUGAUGAUGUCACAUUGUUGCAAGUUAUAUCUUGGCAAAAGGCCGAAGAAAAUCAGCCAUUCAUAUCAGUCAUGGAUUUUGAGUUCCAUCUCCACAAAGAUCUCAAAUCUCCGAUACUAAUAGGAGUAAAAGUUGGCGGAGAAGGCUCGAAUGUUGCCAUGGAAACAGGAGCGCCAGAGAGUAAAGAUGAAGAAAUGUUGAAUGAUGAAGUGGACGAUCCACAACCAUCAACAUCAAAUUUAAAACCAGAUGAAACUGAAUUAUCGACUCCUUCCACUUCUGCAACCAAAGAUACAUUUUCAUUGAAAAAAGAUUGUAUGAAGACAAUGUUAGAGGUUUUUGCCAGUCUAGGAGGACUUGCCCUUGUUGCACAAAGAUUACCAACCAUGACCCUUGACAUUGGUCACGAAUCAUCGAGCACCGAUGAUGCGAAACCGUCACCAAUGCAACCACCAAUAAUGUCUCACAUACAGCAUCAAAGCAUCGCAGAACAUUUUGGCCAUUAUGGCAGCACUGUACCUGGAUGGAUGGAAGAUGAGGAUUGGUUUGGGUUUGACAAUGAGUUGGAAGCAGAACUGCCAGAAGAAUUAGGACCAGUGGUGAAAAUCCAUCCGAAACCAGGCACGAAAAAGCCGCCAACUUCGGCGAUUGUAAGCACAACGUCGCAUCCCUGUGUACCAGCACACACGAUGUCAGCAUUGUGUUUGUUUUUACGUGUCCCCCACUUUGCAGAUGAGUUUUUAUCAGAACAGAAACAAGCCCGCUGUUUGCUACGUUUGAUGCUCGGAGUACAAGAUGAUGGACAGGGAGAACAAAUUUUGAAACUGGAUCUUGCGCAAUCAUUACCUAUGUUGCCAUUCACUGCGAUAUGUUCUCUAUUAUCGAAGCACGGACCCGACUCGGCGUCAGGGAUGUCUGUUCGUGAAGCAAUGACUUAUCAAACAACUUCUAUUCAUCUCGUACUAGCCUGCUUAUCAAGAUUCACUCAUAUUGAACCUAAUGAGGAUACGCCUGCUGGAAGGCUUCUAGCUUCUCUACUCCCAGAGCAAGAAACCGCGCCCAUCAAUGUUGCCCCGCCUUCUUAUAAAGGACCAAUCAAACCACAAGGAACCCCUAAGAAACCAAUGGUCAGUGAAGGCUUAAAGCAAACUGAGAAAAACUACUGGGCUAAAGGAACAGGGUUUGGAACUGGCUCAACAACCAGUGACUGGGAUGUUGGUAAUGCAGUAAAGAAACAGAAAAAAGAUGAAGGAUAUAUCACUGUUCUCCUGGAGGUCCUGGCCAACUUUGUGUGCCCAGAACCAAAGGUCGAAGGUGAAAGUUCAGAGGGCAAACAACCAAUUCCAAUUGAAGACAAAUUUGCAACUUCAAUAACUGAACUACUUUCUGCAUCUGGUUUGAUACCAGCUAUCGCCUCUUAUCUAAGAAAUGAUUCUGUACUUGACAUGGCUCACCAUGUUCCUUUAUACUGUUCUCUGUUGAGUGUUAUUCGAUCAUUUGCUGUUUGUCCCGUCCUAUGUCGCCUCCUGAUGGAUUCAAAGAUGACAAGCAAGCAAUCUCCAGAUGGCAGCAAAGAGAAAUCAUCAAGUUCAGAUUCAAUUCUCUCACUUUUGUCAAAAAUGAGGAAAUGUAUAGAUACAUAUGCAAGCAGGUUAAAAGCCAUUAAUACAACAUUAGAAAGCCAAGGAGAAGAAGGUUUGACAUCAUUUGUGUUGAACGUGCAAAAAACAGAAUCAAUGUUAACGAAGAUUGCUAAAGAACUCAAAUUGAAAGAUUCCCAGCGAGCACGGAACUCAAACUCAACAAGCAGCACAGACUCUGGACGUGCAUCGCCCUCCGGUGUGAUUAAACUUUCUCUCUCGUCUGAUUCGUUAGAAAGAAGAUACAUUGAUGACAUGAAACAAUUGCAAUUUGAUACUUCGGAAUUAGUGGUAGAAGAAGACAAUGGAAAACUGCGCUUUCCGUCUGGACAUCACUACGCAUCCCACAUCAAGGAUGCAGCAAAUGUUGCAGACGCAUCAAGGGCAAGAAGACUCGCACAAGAAACUGUGACGUUAUCAAACUCAUUGCCCUUGUCACACAGUUCCACAGUAUUUGUGAGAUGUGAUGAAGAAAGACUGGAUGUUAUGAAAGUGCUGAUAACCGGACCAUCUGAGACUCCGUACGCCAAUGGAUGUUUCGAGUUUGAUGUUUUCUUCCCUUCAGAUUACAACAAUUCUCCUCCGCUUGUUAACUUACAAACUACUGGAAACCACAGUGUUAGAUUUAACCCAAAUCUCUAUAAUGAUGGAAAGGUUUGCCUCAGUAUACUGAACACUUGGCAUGGAAGGCCGGAAGAAAAGUGGAAUCCACAGACAUCUAGUUUCUUACAGAUCCUAGUCUCAAUUCAGUCUCUUAUUCUCGUAUCGGAGCCUUACUUCAACGAACCCGGUUACGAGAGGUCUCGAGGAACGCCUGCUGGGAAACAGAGCAGCCAGGAAUAUGAUUCCAAUAUUCAACAAGCUACUGUGAAAUGGGGAAUGCUGGAACAGCUAAAGAACCCUUCACCCUGUUUCAAAGAGGUUAUUGAACACCACUUCUGGCUCAAACGAACAGAAAUCCUCGCUCAAUGUGAUCAGUGGUUAGCUGAUCUUAAACAACAAGCAAAUGAAAGACAUGGCCGCAGAAAUAUCGCUCAUAAUUAUACAGCAUUGCAGAGGCAUGUGACACAACUUCAAGCUUUAUUGACGAAAAUGAAAUGCCCUGAAGGUUUGGAGGACACUCAGGUGCAAGAGUUGGAGAACACCCAGGGUGAGACAACGCAAGAGUCAUCAAAAAACCAGGACAUGACAGAAAAUGAUGCCUCCUCUUCAGAGCAAAAUACAGCUUCGGAUAGUACGAAAGUUCAAGUUUGGGAAGUUUGAAAAUUGGACUUUAGCUUCACAGAGAGAACACGCCGGACUGUGAUUUACCUCCACGCCUCUAUAGGGGGUGGCACCCCUUCCCCCUUAUAAAUUUCGAACAUCCCCCUUAAUUUUGAGGUCUGACACCACAAUCUAAAUUUCUAAUUUAAAUAUAAUUGAAUAUUCAGAAAGUGGCUCAGAUGCUCGUGUAGAUGAUCAUGAAAAUACAACAUAGCAUUUUUAUGUUUUACAAAUAGUUUUAACACUAACAGUAAAAUUAUACCAGUUCUGUAGAUUUGGAAACGCUUCUCCCUAAAAUGAAAAGCUGGGAACACGGAUUCAAACUUCAUAGUGCUAGCUCUGUGUUACAAAAUUUAUGACUACAGUUAUACAGGGUCUCCAUAAAGUAAAAAAAAUCAAAAGGUAUUUAUUGCUAACCAAUGUCGUUUGUUGGCCUUUACAGAUGUAUUAAUUGAAAAUAUUUGAACAAUUACUGAUUAAAAAACAACAAACCUGGUUAACAUAUGUUGAGAACUGACUUCAUAACAGAAUUGAAAUUGUAAAGGGACUUUAUGGACACCCUGUAUCAUUACAAUAUUAUUAUGAAGCAGGUUCUUGUAAAUAUUUGUGAUGCGUUUUUAGUGCAAUUUUCUUUGCUUCUAGAAAGUUCCACGUUUCCUAGUCCUUGUAUUAUAGAAAAUAACUCAAAAAUAUUGGACCCCAUAAUUUCCUAAUUACUUUCUUCUCCCUGUGACGUGAAUAAAAAAUUCGGCACAAGAUGACGCACAACCUGAAUCCUAACCUGGUACACAUACUAUGUUCAAUGUUCAUAGACUUGAAAUAUUAUUGACUUCUUCUUUGAAUAAGAGUUAUGUUAAUUUUUAAAUUCAAAAAUCAGAAUUAUUCUCUCACACCAGUGUUUCCCAAACUUUCAUGAUUUGGACCACAGACUCUCAAAAUUUUUUGCUUUUCAAAUUUCAAUGUGGUUUCAUUAGUUAUUUCAUAAUGAUAAAGUAUCCUUUUGAAUCAGAAACUAACUGAAGAAGAAAUAGAUUUUUGCCUUUGACUCCAGGCAUGGAUGGGUUUUUGGUGUUCAUAGCAUCUCUGUAUAUAAUGCAAUUAAAAUUAUUUUGCAAUUUCGGCGCUGUCCCGAAAAUGUUAUCCCAAUUGUGUGAAUCUCAUUCCAUAUUAAUUCCCAAACCGUCAGCCAAAGGAUGUACAGCUAUACUGACACAAGAGCGUCGCUUCAUAUGAUUACUUAAUCCCACCACAUCUAUAUCUACUGUAACUCAAAACAGUGGAACAGAAGUGCUGAAAAUAGACAGGUAUAGGGCAUGACACUUUUGAAACACGUCUAUUUCGGCAUGAGAUGAUGUGCUACUAUCUAGUUUUUUAAUUUGUGUGUUCAGUAUAAUUAGGUGAUUUGUGAUUAUUUUUUCGUUCAAAAUGUGUAAAAUUUCUGCUUUUCGUCUUUUAUUAAUAAUUAAAAAAUAACCGGAAUAUAAA